CUGUUUCCCCCGGAGGGGUUGCGGUUGAGACCUCGCUAUGAGGACACAAACACGUUUUUUUGGAUAAGAGUCGCCGACAGUCCGGUCCCCUGUCCUCGGGAAGUUUGGGGUUGGGCGCCUAAGAGCAGUGCCCGCCGCGCGCACCAAGUGACCGUGCGGACCCCGGGGGCGGCUAGCCGACGGCUAGUGGAUGCCCGACGCGUUUGCCGGCUGAACCAAUGGAACUCGCCACCGAGUGCAGAGGCCGAGUCCCGAGAGGCGGUUCAAGGUUCCCACCGAGGACGAGGAUGAGGCUUUGGGCGUUGCUGUCCUAGGACAGCGAGGACACAGCCCGUACAACGGCCCUAGAGUCGGAUCUCGCCUCAGGGCUGCUCUGCCAACAGUCAUGAAUGGCCUCUCGCCAAAAACCAAAUACGUAAAUAAAAGUAUCUUCCCGAGGCUGUCCUGGAGGCCUCCUUGACUGUAUAGUGACUGUCCUGUGUCCGACGAUAGGCAAUCCUGGGCCAGGUCUGGUUAGGAGGCAGGCAAAGAAAUCGGGGUUUUUACCCCGUGUGUUGGGCAGCCUGGAGCUUAUUAUUAAUUGCAAGUAAAGCAUCUUUUUUUUUUUUUAAUUGCAAGUAAAGCAUCUUAACAUGUUUUGAUCACUUUUUAUUUUUAUUUAACUGUGUGUAUGUGUUUGUUGUUGUUUAGUCGCUCAGUCGUGUAUGACUUUGCGAACCCUUGGACUUGCAGCAUGCCCGGCUUCCCUGUCCAUCACCGUCUACCCGAGCUUGCUCAAACUCAUGUCCAUUGAGUCGGUGAUGCCAUCCAAACAUCUCAUCCUCUAUGGGCCCCUUCUUCUCCUGCCUUCAAUCUUUCCCAGCAUCAGGGUCUUUUCUAAUGAGUCAGCCCUUCUUAUCAGGUGGCCAGUGUAUUGGAGCUUCAGCAUCAGUCCUUCCAAUGAGUAUCAGGAUUGAUAUCCCUAAGGAUUGACUGGCUUGAUCUCGUUGCUGUCCAAGGGACUCUCAAGAGUCUUCUCCAACACCACAGUUCAAAAGCAUCAAUUCUGCAUUCAGCCUUCUUUAUAGUCCAACUCUCACAUCCAUACAUGACUACUGGAAAAACCACAGCUUUGCCUAGACAGGCCUUUGUCGGCAAACUAAUGUCUCUGCUUUUUAAUAUGCUGUCUAGGUUGGUCAUAACUUUUCUUCCAAGGAGCAAGCGUCUUUUAAUUUCAUGGCUGCAAUCAGCAUCUGUAGUGAUUUGGGAGCCCAAGAAAAUAAAGUCUGUAACUGUUCCAUUGUUUCCCCAUCUAUUUGCCAUGAAGUGAUGGGACCGGAUGCCAUGAUCUUAGUUUUCUGAAUGUUGAGUUUUAAGCCAGCUUUUUCACUGUCUUCUUUCACCUUCAUCAAGAGGCUCUUAGUUCCUCUUCGCUUUCUGCCAUAAGGGUGGUGUCAUCUGCAUAUCUGAGGUUAUUGAUAUUUCUCCCGGCAAUCUUGAUUCCAGCUUGUAUUUCAUCCAGCCCGGCAUUUCACAUGAAGUACUCUGCAUAUAAGGUAAAUAUGCAGGGUGACAAUAUACAGCCUUGAUGUACUCCUUUCCCAAUUUGGAACCAGUCUGUUGUUCCAUGUCCAGUUCUAACUGUUGCUUCUGACCUACAUACAGGCUUCUCAGGAGGCAGGUAAGGUGGUCUGGUAUUCCCAUCUCUUGAAUUUUCCACAGUUUGUUGUGAUCCACACAGUCAAAGGCUUUAGUGUAGUCAAUGAAGCAAGAAGUAGAUGUUCUUCUGGAAUUCUCUUGCUUUUUCUAUGAUCCAACCGAUGUUGGCAAUUUGAUCUCUGGAUCCUCUGCCUUUUCUAAAUUCAGCUUGAACAUCUGGAAGUUCUUGGUAUGUGUUUGAGCAUCUUUUAAUUUCGUAUUGCCGAUUAUUCUGGAAAAGUGUAUUCUGUUAAGGGAUCUGUCACUAGUGAAGUUCCUCUGGAGAUCAGACCUAGGGUCGGUGAGUUUGGCCGCUUGAGAACAACUUAAGGUUCCUUUUACUCGGUGAGUUUGGCCGCUUGAGAACAACUUAAGGUUCCUUUUACUCGAGUAAAGACAGUGGAAAGUGAUAAGUGACUUCUGGCUUGAGAAGUCCUUCAUUUACUCAUUUCUGCCCUCUCUGACCGAGCCCUCCUCCCUGCAGGAGGUGAGGUUCCAGGAUGUAGAGGUUGAGAUUUUUAGACAGUGAGUUUUGUAAUUAGAAAAGUAACUUGGAGUGGCUUUGGAAUAAUCUUUUACAUGACAACCACCUGGUCUCUAAACCUGGGCCUCUUUCACAGUUAACAGUCACUGCCCGUGCCCCCCCCUCCCCCCCGCCCCACCCAAUAAGAUCAGUGCCAUCAGGAUUCCUCUGCUUUUCUCGAGUAUCUUCCAAAUUGCUUGCCAUGCUGCCUUGGUGCUGGUCCUGUCCCUUCAACUAAGCUGACAGCCACCUUGCUUCUCUCUUGGUCAUCUCUCCCCUUGUAUCUAUUUUCCACACUGUUGCUGCAAGUUUUUUUCUUUUUUUAAUCUUAAAGAUGUCCUAUUUCCAGCAACAGUGAUUCUUUUUUAAAAAAAAUUUAAUAUGAUUUUUAAAGGUUUCUUUCCAUUCAGUUAUUACAGAAUAUUGUCUGUAUUCCCCGUGUUGUACAUCCUUGAGUGUAUCUUACAGGCAGUAAUUUGUAUCUCCCAUUCCCCCACCCCUAUAUUGUCCCUCUCUCCCUCCUCACUGGUAACCACUAGUUUGUUUUUUUUAAUCUGUGAGUCUGCUUCUUUUUGUUAAAUUCACUAGUUUGGGACUUCUCUGGCAGUCCAGUGGUUGAGACUCUUUGCUUCCAAUGCCUGGAACGUGGUUGGGGAACUAGGAUCCCACAUGCCUCGCAGUGCAACCAAAAAAAAAAAGUAAAUUCACUAGUUUGCAACAACAGUUCUUAAAUCUCAGUAUGCAUCAGGUUCAGCUAGAAACUUAUUAAAAACAGAGAUACCUGGGUCCCCUCCCAAAUCAGGAUCUUGGGGAGGACGUUACUGGGCAUCAGUAUUUUUAAACAAGCUCUGAUUUUGAUGCAUACCAAAAUUUAACCAUGAGUACAUAGGACAGAGCCAUAAAAAAAACAAAAAAAAACAAAAAAAAAACGGCAUAUUAGGUCUCUCAGACCUGGAUCUAAAUUACUUCUCCAGGUACAUUCCCCUCUGGAACCCUAUCCUGUGUUUAAAUUGAAAUCUUGAAUGUCAUAUUUUCUCAGGCCUGCAAGCUUCAUAUAGUUCCUUCUGCCUAGACUGUUCAAUCCACCAUUCCCUGCUUGCCUGUCUUUUGAACAGUACAAAUGCCACCUUCUCUAUAAAGCCUCCCUUACGUCUCCUUUCAGACUUUGUUUAUAGAACUUUAAUCUCACUGUUAUAUUUCAUUAACUUCUUAUGUGUCUGUCUCCCUUGCUAAUUGCUAACUCCUCACAGGGGGAUUAUAAUUUAUCCAUUUUGGUAUCCUUAGCAAAGGAUAAAUCCUUAGCAAGCACAACCUAGCAGUGUUUUUGUAUACAGUAGGCAGCUUAAUGGAAACAGUGACAGACUUUAUUUUCUUGGGCUCCCAAAUCACUACAGAUGGUGACUGCAGCCAUGAAUUAAAAGAUGCUUGCUCCUUGGAAGAAAAGCUGUGACAAAUCUAGAUAGCCUAUUGAAAAGCAGAGACAUUACUUGGCCAACAAAGGUCUAUCUAGUCAAAGCUAGGUUUUCCAGUAGUCAUGUAUGGAUGUGAGAGUUGGACCAUAAAGAAAGCUGAGCACCGAAGAAUAGUUUCUUUUGAACUGUGGUGUUGGAGAAGACUCUUGAGAGUCCCUGGACAGCAAGGAGAUAAAGCCAGUGAAUCCUUUAAGAAGGAUUCUAUUCCAAUAUUCUUUGGAAGGACUGAUGCUGAAGCUGAAGCUCCAAUACUUUGGCCACCUGAUGUGAAGAGCUGACUCAUUAGAAAAGACCCUGAUGCUGGGAAAGAUUGAAGGCAGGAGGAGAAGGGGCCGAUAGAGGAUGAGAUGGUUGGAUGGCAUCACCGACUCAAUGGACAUGAGUUUGAGCAAGCUCUGGGAGUUGAUGAUGGACAGGGAGGCCUGGUGUGCUGCAGUCCAUGGGGUCACAAAGAGUCAGACACGACUGAACUGAACUGAGGCAGCUUAAUACACAAUCCUUGCACGAACUGAUUUACCUGCUGUACAUGAUGAGAACAGAGGUGCCACCAAGCUGCCUAUCCAGGGGAGCAGAAGACAGGCGGGGCGGGGUGAGCCUCCUUACCAUGGUGUGUCCUGGACAGCUGCUCAUUUUGAUAGACUGAGGAUGUAGAUCUGAUUCCAACAGGACUUUCAGUCACCCUGCCAGCAGGACUGUCAAUGAGAAUUUACCAGUAGCCUAUGGCAUAAUCUGUUGAAAGUUUUGUUUUGGAGGAUGGAAGAUAAAAGAAAUUUGAUUCUUCCCUUGUUAUUACUUGUGUGCCAUCCCCACCCCCCCCACCAUCUUAAAUCCAGAUAACAUCUCUUCCUCUGUCUUUCCCACCAGACUCGUUUCAUUUUCACAGAGACCUGCAACCCCUCCCCCUGCCCUUUGGCCUUUUUCUAACUUGUCUUCCUAACCCAUGCAGCUAAGGUCUUUAGCCACAUUCUUACAUGAGUUCUUGAUGCCUCUCUCCCAUUAUCCUUUCACUGCAGCUGCCAAGUGAAAUCUCAAUCUUGGGUCAAUUUGUCUGUUAAUGUUCAAGCACCAACAUCAGGAUGCUAAAAAAAUCUUAACACUAUACUGUGUUAAGAUUGUGUGUCCAUAAGCUGGGUUUUCCAAUCUCAGUUGGACCCUCAGUGCUGCCCGUUGUUCAUUUUCCCAGUCAGCUCUCUCCCAUUCUCCACAAGCCCUUCUUCUCAGAUCUUUUGACUUCAUACCCCUUCCCUCAUCAAUUGACCUUCCUUACAGCGGGAGACGCAAGCAAGAAAAACAAGACACUACAUUAGAGAAAGUACUGGAGCUGUGGGAGCACUCAGGAGGGAGGGACAUCUGAUUUGGACCUGAGCAGUCAGUAAAGGCUUCCUUAAAACAGCACAUCAGCUAAGCCCUGAAGAGAGUCAAGUCUGCCAGAACAGAGGGAACAAUGAAGGAAAAGCAGUUGUUUGGCUGGAGCAUUGCAUGUAUAUUACAACAGAAAAUUAGAGAGGUAAGUGGGGUCAAAUUUGAAGUCACAUAAAAGAAUUUCGACUUGAUCCUAAGGAGAAUGGGGAGGCACUGAAUUGUUGCGGGAACAAAAGCAGAUUUGUUCCCUGGACUUCAGGGUGAACACACUAAGGGAUGAGGAGCAGAAGGCUUGCUGGAGUCAUCAGUGAAGAAAUGGGUCUUGAUGAGAUCCUUAGGAAGGAUGUAAAGGUCAGAGGAAAUAAGGCUUGUAACAUAACCUUAUUUCUAUUAGGAAUAGAGGGAGAAAUAACAGAAAUAAGGUUCUGUUACAGGGAUGGAUGGUGGGAGAGGCUCCUGUGGAACCUGGGGAAUGGCUGGCAGGAUGUAAGGAAAACUAGAGUCCAGGGUCAUGGAAGGCAAGAUAAGGGUGCAUUUCAAGGUUAAGAGGCAUCUCCAUCCCCACCCCAUACAUCUGAGUGAUCCUUGUAACUGUCUUUAUUCAUAUAAAGGUAUGGAAGUGAUGUUUUUUGAUUUUGGAGCCUAUGUCUCAAUUGGUCAUGCAGCUUCUGAUUUUUUUUUUUCACUUGGAAUUUAGUGCAAACUAUGUAAGGCAACUUGGGCUAGUCUACUGAAUAAUGACAUGAUAUGCAUAGCUCAGUUGGUGAAGAAUCUGCCUGCAAUGCAGGAGACCCCAGUUUGAUUCCUGGGUCUGGGAGAUCCCUGAAGAAGGGAUAGUCUACCCACUCCAGUAUUGUUGGGCUUCCCUUGUGGCUCAGCUGGUAAAGAAUCCACCUGCAAUGCAGGAGACCUGGGUUCAAUCCCUGGGUUGGGAAUAUCCCCUGGAGAAGGGAAAGGCUACCCACUCCAGUAUCCUGGCCUGGAGAAUUCCAUGGACUGUAUAGUCCAUGGGGUCCCAAAGAGUAGGGUAUGACUGAGCAACUUUCACUUUACUUAUGCAGAAACAAACCAGCCUAGCUGAGAUGAUGUCACCAGAUGAACUACCCAAGUUAGUCCAGCUCACUCUUUUUAAAAAAAAAAAAGCCACCCCCACAAAAAGAAUAUUUUAGAUCCUUUAGAACAUGCUUCUACAACACCUUACCAUUCUCUGUAAUAUUCUCAUACUCAGGUGUUUCUCAUGCUGGAUUAUAAGCACUAGUAGCAUAGGGUCUCUAUUGGUCUUACUGGUAAUUUUCUUCCAGGAUGCCACACACUGCCUGGCACAUAGCAGGUACUCAAUAAACAUGACUGGUUGAAAGGACCAGAUCCAUGGAAUGAGUCUCAUCAGAUUACAAAGGGACCUUUCCAGCAGGAAACUGCAUUUCCUCUCAAGCCUUGUGGCCAGUGGUGGAUAGAAGGUGAAUUAUGAUGUGUGCAGAACAUGGGACCUUGGGGAGUUCCGUAACCAAGAGGAGAAAGAAGUAACAACAGCCAGUGUAGACAAAAAGAACUGCUUCUCCCUUCUUUCCCCUCCAAGUUCCUAGUGGAGAGCUGAGCCCAGCAUCCCAGACUUGUGUGACUACACAGGCAAGCUUUUGGAGACUUUUAACUUCACUUUGGUACCCUAGCCUACAGCAGCUUAAGGUGUUGGCUUUCUAGGCAGACAGGAGGCUUUUAAGUAGCAAAGCUCCCUGCACUCAGCAAGCCCAACACCAUGGGGAAGGGAGACGUGGAAGCACCACCCACCUCAGCCUACCGCUCUGUCAUGGAGGAGUAUGGUUACGAAGUGGGCAAAGUCAUUGGCAAUGGCUCCUAUGGGACAGUGUAUGAGGCUUACUACACAAAGCAGAAGGUCAUGGUGGCCGUCAAGAUCAUCUCGAAGAAGAAGGCCUCUGAGGACUAUCUUAACAAGUUCCUGCCCCGUGAGAUACAGGUGAUGAAGGUCCUGCGGCACAAGCAUCUCAUCAACUUCUAUCAAGCCAUCGAGACCACAUCCCGGGUCUACAUCAUCCUGGAGCUGGCUCAGGGUGGUGACGUUCUUGAGUGGAUCCAGCGCUACGGGGCCUGCUCUGAGCCCCUUGCUGGAAAGUGGUUCUCCCAGCUGACCCUGGGCAUCGCCUACCUGCACAGCAAAGGCAUCGUGCACCGCCCUCUCCUGACCCCCAGCCUUUCUGCUGCUGGUAGGGACUUAAAGUUGGAGAACCUGCUGCUGGACAAGCGGGAGAAUGUGAAGAUAUCGGACUUUGGCUUCGCCAAGAUGGUGCCUUCUAACCAGUCUGUGCGGAAUAGCCCUUCCUACCGCCAAGUGAACUGCUUUAGCCACCUCAGCCAGACCUACUGCGGCAGCUUUGCUUAUGCCUGCCCGGAGAUCUUGCUUGGCCUGCCCUACAAUCCCUUCCUGUCUGACACCUGGAGCAUGGGCGUCAUCCUCUACACUCUAGUGGUCGCCCGUCUACCCUUUGAUGACACCAAUCUCAAGAAGCUGCUGAAAGAGACUCAGAAGGAGGUCACUUUUCCACCUAACUAUGCCAUCUCCCAGGAGUGCAAGAACCUGAUCCUCCAGACGCUACGCCAAGCCAACAAGCGUGCCACCAUCCUGGACAUCAUCAAGGAUCCCUGGGUGCUGAAGUUCCAGCCUGAGCAACCCACCCAUGAGAUCAGGCUACUCGAGGCCAUGUGCCAGCCCCCCAGCACCACUAAUCGUCACCAGUCCUUGGAAAUCAGUACCUGAAAGUGGCGGAGGGGGGAGGGGGGUUGAAAGAGGAGCAAAGCAGGAGGGUCUGGGGAUAAAAAUCUUUUAUACCAAAAAUAAAUAAAUCUAAUUCUGUUUUAGUUUCAUUAGCUGGAGUCACAUUCUUUCCUCAGGGGACCCUUAGCAGGGAACAGUGCUGAGGGUGAGAGUCGGAUUUCUGCCCAGAGCCUGUAACCA